AUGGAAAUUGGAAAAGAUCCAACUGGUCCAUUUGAAAAAGGUUGGGGUGAAGAGUAGGCAAAUGUAGAAAUGUUCAAAGAUGAAUUAACCGGUAGUAAUACAGAAAUUGAACUAGUUGAAGUUCAUAAUGAUUUUGAAAGGUUUAAUAAUGUAAAAUUAAAAAAAUUAAAUAAACGAUGACUGUAUAUACGAAAUAUUUUUUUGACAUAUUCUUUUCAUUACGCGGCGCGAUAGCGAUACCAUUGAUGCAAUUGUUAUUAUUUCGAAGGUUUUCCCAGAAAAAUAAGGCAAAGUUUAUUUUACCCAAGAACUACAAACUUACUAAGGGAGUAGCAAGACAAUUGCCGUUUAAAACUGCAUUUUCUAUAUGGUGGAAAUCAUUAUCAAAAAAUAGAUUGCAAGAAUUGCAAGAUGAAUUAGUUGAGUUGAUGGUUCCCACGGGAUCGAUUGAGAACCAAAAUAUAAUCAAAGAGAAUAAAAACGUUAAAUUAGACGAAAACGGGAAUUAUAUUAAUGAAGUUGGUUUCAAAGUCAUCAAUAAUCCAAAAGGGAUAACUAAACAUUGUGUUUUUAUUCAUGGUUAUGGAGCAAGUUUGGGUUGUUUUGCCAGAAACUUUCAAAUAAUUACUAAAUUUCGAAAUCCAAAGUCAAAUUACAAUUACCACAUCCAUUUUUUAGAUAAUCUAACCUUUGGUUUAAGCUCAAAUCCCAAAUUGCAAAAUUCAAAUAUUUCACGUUGGAGAAUUAAACCAGCUUGUAAUUUGAAAUUGAUAAAUGAUGAACCAACUGAAAAAUCUAAGUUAUAUAAGAAGUAUUAUAAAUUGAUUGAAGGGUUUCAAAUUGCUCCAAAAGAAUUCGAAGAGUAUCAGGAAUAUUUCACUCCAAUUUUACAAGAUUUAGAAACAUUUUAUUGUGAUGGGAUAGAUCAAUGGAGAAAGAAUUCGGGUAUAGAUAAGAUAGAUUACUUGGUUGGUCAUUCAUUCGGUGCUUAUUGGUCAGCUUCAUAUUCGUUAAGAUUUCCCGACAGUGUUUCAAAUUUAAUUUUAUUGUCACCAGUUGGUAUGGAACGUCAUGUAUUAGCUAUUACAAGUAAUGAACAAGCAUUGGUCCCAGAAAUACAGAAACCAAACCUAGAUCCAACUUCAUACAAAUUUUUGUCAAGAUAUCCUAUUUUAUCAAAUAGUCAAAUAUUAAAAUGGUAUUGGAAAAUUCCAUUCUUGCCUCGUAUACUACCAUUUUUAGGUCAUUGGGGAACACAAAUGUAUUUUAGUUUAUGGAUGAAGAAAUUAUUAAAGAUUAAUAAGUUGAUUGAAAAACAUGGAGGUCCAGAAAUGAUAUUCAAAAGUAACAAUGAUUUGGUGUAUGGAACUAAAAAAGAGGUUGAAUUAAUCAUUGAAUAUUUAUAUAAUUCAAUAAGUACAGGUACAACUUCAGAUAUAUAUAUCAAAUAUUUAUUGACUCCAGCAACAGUAAGUAAAUGGCCAUUAUAUGAUAAAUUUGUAAAGAAAUUGGAAACAAAUCCCGAUGAAUUCAAAUUCAAUUGUCAUAUAUUUUACGGGCAAUAUGAUUUUAUGAAUUCCGAAGCUGGUUAUAAAUUGAUUAAGUUAUUAAAUGAGAAUAUUGAUAAUGGUAAGAAAUUCACAUAUAAUGAAAUUUUGGAAGGUGGUCAUAAUUUAUACAUUGAUAAUCCAUUUGACACCAAUCAAGUCAUAUAUGAAAUUGCAAUGAGUGAAGAAAAAGAAUUAGUAAAGUCGGACGACUAA